UGCAGAGAAAGAGUUUCAUUAUUGCCAAAUGACAAGUGAGGACUGAGGACUGAAACGUGUUGUAAAAAGAAUUCCGAUAGAAGUUGUCGAAACAGUAAAAUAAAGAUAACGAAGUAAAAUUGUCGUUGUCAAUUCCUCGCCUACUUCAGUCUCCUACUCCUUAUGACGGUGGUCUUAGCAUUAGUGCGUGGUACCUAACUCGAGGAGCACGAGACGAUUGCAUUUUGAUACUCAGAGCAAACUAAUAGUCAAGGAAUACACAAUCAAGAAGCCUAAGACGGAUGGAUACAAUUGCUAGCAUAGCAUCAAAUGUGGCUGUACCUGUUCUAAAACAACUUACUUAUGUAUUGCUGUACAACACUUAUGUCACUAACCUUGAAAAUGAGGUCCAGAAGUUGCAGCGGGAAGAGAAAGAAGUGAGGCACACUGUUGAAGCUGCCAAAAGGAAUGGUGAGCAGGUUGAAGACACAGUGCGCGACUGGUUUACUCGUGUUCGUGCAGCAAUAGAAGAGGCUCAAGAAUUCCUUCGUCACGAAGAGCAAGAAAGAGUUGGAUGCUUAGAUAUAUAUUCUAAGUACACCUUCAGCCAGAAGGCAAGAAAUUUGGUGGAUCAUCUAUCUGAGCUCAGGCAAGAGACAUUUGACAAGGUUUCUUACCGUUGUGCUUUGAAAUGCAAUGUCAGUUCAGCUUCCAGAGGAUAUGAAGCCUUGGAAUCUAGAACUGCAAUGUUGAAUGAGAUCAUGCAGGCCUUGAAGGAUUCUGAGGCUUCCAUGAUUGGUGUGUAUGGAAUGGGUGGGGUGGGUAAGACUGCCCUGGUUAAGGAACUAGCAUGGCAAGCCGAGAACGGUGGUUCGUUUGAUGUGGUCGUUGAGGCAACUGUGACAAGUGAACCAGAUGUGAGGACUAUUAGAGCUGAAAUUGCUGAUGGUUUGGGUCUGAAAUUUGAUGAGCUGACUGAGAUGGGAAAAGCAUGCCGGUUGCGGCAAAGGAUUAGGCAAGAGCAAAGCAUUCUUGUCAUACUUGAUGAUGUUUGGGGAAAGCUUGACUUGACUGAGGUUGGUGUUCCUUCUGGUGAGGACCACAAAGGAUGCAAAUUGUUGGUGACAUCCAGAGAUCUUAAUGUGUUGAAUGCUAUGUUGGGUGCGCAGAAGGUUUUUAGACUCGAAGUUCUGUCUGAGAGUGAGAGUUGGAACUUGUUUGAAAAGAAGGGAGGGGAAGCUGCUAAGGAUGACAGCAUUCAACGGAUAGCAAAGAAAGUAGCCGAAAACUGUGCGGGUUUGCCCCUUUUGAUAGUGACGGUGGCAGAGGCAUUAAAGAAUAAGGAUUUCUAUGCUUGGAAGGAUGCAUUGGAGCAGUUAACCAAUUUUGAUCUUGAUGGAUGUUCCUAUUCCAAAGUGCAUUCUGCUGUAGAGCAAAGCUAUGAAUAUUUGGAAAGUCAUGAACUCCAAACAUUUUUCCUCCUUUUGGGUUCAUUGGGAAAUUAUUAUAGCAUCAAAGAUUUGUUAGUAUAUGGCUGGUGUUUGGGUCUGCAUAAAAAUGUUGAUUCAUUGGCAGACGGAAGAAACAGACUUUAUAAAUUGAUAGACAACCUGAGAGCAGCGAGUUUAUUGCUUGAAGGGGAAAGAUAUCAAGUUGAAGCUCUGCACAUUGUUCGCAUUGUGGCUGCCGCAAUCGCAUCCAGAACCAAACCUUUCUUUACUAUGCAGAGAAACACUGAAUUGAAAGAGUGGCCUAGAAUGGAUUUCCUUAAAACUUGUCAACAUAUUUUUUUUGAUUGGUGUUAUAUCAAUGAACUUCCAGAGAAGUUAGAAUGUCCGAUGUUGAAGAUACUGCAACUCUGUAGUCAAGGUAACUAUUUGAAACUUCCUGAGAAUUUCUUUGUUGAGAUGAGAGAAUUGAAGGUUCUAACUUUAGGAGGUCUGAAUUGUACACCAUCGCUUCCUUCGUCUCUUGGUCUCUUGACAAACCUCCAGGCAUUGAAUCUUUGUAAAUGCAUGUUGGAAGACAUAGCUGUUGUUGGAGAGCUCAAAAACUUGGAGAUUCUCAGCCUUGAAAAAUCUGAGCUUAUCGAAGAACUUCCUGCGGAAAUAGGACAAUUAAUUCAUCUAAGGUUUCUAGAUUUGACUGAUUGCUCAACACUAAGAGUUAUUCCCCACAACCUGAUAUCAAAACUAACAAGCUUGGAAGAGCUCCUUAUAGAGAACUGCAAUAUUCAAUGGGAGGUCCAGGGAUGCAAAAACCAAGGCAAUGAUUCAAGUCUAAGUGAGCUUGGGAGUUUGCAUAAACUAACAACUCUGAAUAUUCACAUCAAUGAUGCAUCAGUUUUCCCUAGAGACUUGCUUGCCCUAGGAAAAUUACAUAGUUACAAUAUUUCAAUUGGGAAUGGAUGGAAAUCGUUAGGGGUGGAGUCGGGGUUUUUCAAAGUUUCAAGAGUAUUUAAGCUUAAUCCAAGCAUGGAUCCAAGAAUACUCAUGGAUUAUGGGAUCAAAAUGCUGAUGAAUAGAGCUGAAGAUUUGCAUCUUGCUGAAUUGAAGGGUGUCAGGGAAGUACUAUAUGAAUUGAACGAUGAUGGAUUCUCGCUGUUGAAGCAUCUUAGUAUCCAAAAUUGUGAUGAUAUGCGGAGCAUUAUUGGCCCCAUCGAGUGGGCUCAUCGUGAUCAUGCCUUCCCCAACUUGGAGUCAUUGAUUCUUCACAAUCUGAGUAACCUGGAAAGGAUAUGUAGUGGCCCUCUUCCCGCACAGGCCUUUACCAAACUAAGGGUUGUCAAAAUAAAAGGCUGUGAUCAGAUCGAGUUUGUUUUCCCACACUCCAUGGUUGAACAGCUCUCUGAACUACUUGAAGUCGAAAUUUGUGAAUGCAAAUUCAUGACCAAGAUUGUGGCUGAAAAGAUAAAAGAGGAUGACAGUGAAACUGACAAGAUUCAGUUCCUUAAAAUGCGUUCUCUCACACUUGAAUGCUUACCUUCCCUCGUUAGUCUCUCUCCCGAGCCUUCUGUUAACAACAACACCAUUCAACUUUUUACUGAAAAGGUUGAAUUUCCAAAUUUAGAGAACCUGAAGUUGUGCUCAAUCAAUGUACACAAGAUAUGGGAUGACAAACUUUCAGCACAAACUAGCUUUCAAAAUUUGACAACUUUGACGGUAGAUGGUUGUGAAAGGUUGGCAUAUCUUUUUUCAUACCAUGUGGCUGCAAGACUUGUAAAGCUCCAGCAUCUUUUAAUUAAUUCAUGCAAAUUAGUAGAGCAUAUAUUUUCCCAAGAUGGAAACACAGACAACGUUCGACUUGCUAGAAAGUCUGUUCCUACUGAAAUGGGUCCAAUUUUCCCAAACUUGGAGACAAUUGUGAUCUCUGAAAUGGAAAGCUUAAAGUCAAUAUGGCCAAGUCAACUCCCUCAAAAUUCCUUUAGUAAAUUGAAAAAGAUGGAAAUCACAUAUUGUUCCAGCAUCUUGAACGUGUUCCAGUCUCAUGUACUAGACAAAUUACUAAGUCUGGACUCAUUGGAUGUAUGGUAUUGCGAUGCGCUGGAAUUCGUAUACGAAAUAGAAGGUGGAAUUAAUGAAGUGGACAUUCAGUUGAGAGCUUUAUCUUUGGGCCAUUUACCAAACUUGAAGCAUUUAAUGAAUAAGGAUCCUCAAGAGUGUUUAAGGUUUGAAAACCUAUCUAUGGUAAAGGUAACCACAUGCAAAAGCUUGAAGCAUGUGUUUCCACUUUCUAUGGCAAAAGAUCUUCUGCAACUCGGGGUCCUUGAGAUAAGCGAUUGUGGGGUCGAGGAAAUUAUAGGAAAUGAACAUGGAGGAGGGGAAGAGCAAGAGUCACCUCUUGGGCUUGUCUUCCCAAAAUUAGCCUGCAUAAAACUUUUGAAUUUGCCGGAACUUCGAUGGUUUUGUAACGAAAAUCACUACUUCAGAUUUCCAUUAUUGAAUCAAUUAUACUUGGUGGAGUGUCCAGCAAUGGAGACAUUCUCGCAUGGUAUCUUAAGGGCAUCAAUCCUCAGGAGGAUAUAUUUGAACGAGAAAGGAGAUCAAUCGCACUGGGAAGGUGACUUGAAUACUACGAUAAGGAACAUUUUCACCAAAGAGAUUUAAACCAAAGCGAUUCAUAGAUGUGUGAAGGGCUACGUCCAUCACCAGUGGCGGCCUCUCCCUUGGACGAGAAGUAACUCACACUCUACAAUCCUCAAAUUGAAUUCAAAGAGUGGGCGUUUCGAGCAGCGACGGCGGUGGCCUUUCUAGCGGCGGCAGGGCAGCAGAGGCGGGAAAGACAAGAGAGAAGGCGGUGUUUCGAGCAGCGGGAGUGGGGUCUUUUCAGCAGCAGCAGGGUAGCAGCGGCGGUAGGGGCUAGAAUGAGACUGAGAAGUGAGAGGUUAUAGAGAAAGAGGAAGGUGAGAGAUUAGAGAGAGAAAACGAUUUCGAAAUGAAUGGGAAGAGGGUUCUUGGUUCAAAUUAGGGCACGAUUACCGUCGGAUUUACUGGUGGAUUAGUCCGACGGUAACAUGGUGCGUGUAACCAAAAUGCAACGUUUCACUAAACAAGGUUCAGCGUCGGAUUUACUCGUCGAUAUAUUCGACGGUAGUCAGCGUGCCAAAAUUUCUUUAUUCCCUCCAAAUUUUACCGUCGAUGUUACCGUCAGAACAUCAACUUUGACAGUAAUAUUUUAGGGUGAAGGAUUUAUUGCCAAAUUCGACAGUACAUCCGACGGAAAACUCACCGCUAACGUCCGACGCUAAAUUUGACGGUUUUCUCGGCGUUUUUUUUUUUUGGUAGUGAGCGCCGAGUUUUUGAGAGAGAAAGAGAGUGCAUUUUUGGCAAGUUCAUACAUUUUCCAACAAGAAUUCAAGGUGUUCUUUCAUAGCUUUUGGUUGGUUCUUCAAGGAUUCAAGCCUUCCAAGUCCAAUUCCUUGUUCUUGAUUUUUUUUUUUGUUCUUCCAUACAAAUUCCAACAAAGGUAACCAUCACUCUUCACCCUUCUUUUUAGUUUUGAACCUGAGACUAAGGGGUUAUGUUGCUCUCUUCCAUGUCUAAAAAAUCACUCAUGAAGGCCUUAAGGGAGCAUGCCAAAAAGCACUCAAAAUUCAAGUUCUAAGUGGGUGAAAUUCAUCACUUUUUUAGCACCAUGAUUCGGCCAAGAGGACUUAAUUUUCAUUACUUGUCUUUUUGCUUUUGUUUAGGUGAUUCUUGGUGUAUAAAGUGUUUAAUGACUGAUUUGAACAAGAGAUAAGAGUUAGGAUUAGUUAGAUUAUAUUCAUGCUUGAUUUUGUGUGCAUGAGUCAUUUUAUGAUGAUUUUGUGCAUAAAAACUUAUUCUGAAAAUUGUAUGAUACACAGUUAUUUUUGGCUUCAUAUAUAUGUGAAAUAAAAUUUUUCA